GUGAGGCCACCCAGAAGCCCAGGAUCGCUGUGGGCACGGCCGCUCCGGCCACGCUGCAGGUGCCUACACAGCCAUGGCACUGCUGACCGGAGACACAGUGGCCCCCCUGGCCGUGGCCCUGGCCAUCUUCUUCCUCCUCCUGGACCUCGUGCACAGGAGAGCACGCUGGGCCCCUCGCUACCCACCAGGCCCCAAGGCCCUGCCUGGGCUGGGCAAUAUGCUACAAAUUGAUUUCCAGGACAUGCCCAACAGCAUGGGCCGGCUGCAGAGACGCUUCGGGGAUGUGUUCAGCCUGCAGAUGGCCUGGACGCCUGUGGUCGUGCUCAACGGGCUGGUGGCAAUGCGUGAGGCGCUGGUGCACCAGAGCGAGGACACCUCUGACAGACCGUCUGCACCCACCUAUGAGCACCUGGGCUUCAAUUCCCAUGCUGAAGGCGUAAUUCUAGCACGCUACGGGCAAGCAUGGCGCGAGCAGCGGCGAUUCUCUCUGUCCACCAUGCGAAACUUCGGCCUGGGUAAGAAGUCACUGGAGCAGUGGUUGACCGAGGAGGCCGGCUACCUCUGUGAGGCCUUCAAUGACUAUGCAGGACGCCCCUUUAGCCCCAAAGUCCUUCUGAAUAAAGCUGUGAGCAACGUGAUCUCCUCCCUCAUUUACGCACAUCGCUUUGAGUACCAAGACCCACGUUUCAUCAAGCUGCAGCAGCUAAUGGACAUUUCUCUGAAGGAGGACUCGGGCUUCUUGCGAGAGGUCCUGAAUUUUAUUCCGGUGCUUCUGAAAAUUCCUGGGCUCCCUGCCAAGGCCUUCCCAGGGCUGACUGCCUUGCUGAACAUGUUGGAUGAGCUGAUCACUGAGAACAAGCAGAGCCGGGACCCCACUGAGGCACCUCGAAACCUGAUUGAUGCCUUCCUGGAUGAAGUGAAGGUGAGAGCCAAAGGGAACCCCAGUAGCAGCUUCAACGAUGCCAACCUGCGCAUGGUGAUAGCCGACUUGUUUACUGCCGGGAUGGUGACCACCUCAACCACACUGGUCUGGGCCCUGCUGCUCAUGAUCCUGCACCCCGAAGUACAGCGCCGUGUCCAGCAGGAGAUCGAUGAAGUGAUAGGGCAGGCACGGCCACCAGAGAUGGGGGAUCAGGCCCGCAUGCCCUACACCAUGGCCGUGAUCCACGAGGUGCAGCGUUUUGGGGAUCUCCUCCCUAUGGGAAUACCCCACAUGACAUCCCGCGACAUUGAAAUCCAGGGCUUCCUCAUCCCUAAGGGAACAACGCUGCUCACCAACCUGUCGUCGGUGCUGAAGGACGAGAGUGUCUGGGCAAAGCCCCACCGCUUCCACCCGGAGCACUUCCUGGAUGCCCAGGGCCACUUCGUGAAGCACGAGGCCUUCAUGCCCUUCUCUGCAGGUCGCCGCGCGUGCCUUGGGGAGCCCUUGGCUCGGAUGGAGCUCUUCCUCUUUUUCACCGUCCUCCUGCAGCGCUUCAACUUUGAAGUGCCCGCCGAUCAGCCCCGCCCCAGUGACCAUGGUGUGUUUGCCACUGUGAGGACCCCAGUGCCUUAUGAGCUCUGUGCUGUGUCUCGGUAAGGGGGACACCCAGACCCCACUUGCUUCUUUGCUGUGGAUCAAAUGCUCAAUAAACAAGCCCAGGUCCCAGCCUGA